GAAGGAGGCCGGGGCGGUCGCUGCCGCGGAACCCGAGCGCGGCGGCUGCGGCAGCGGUCGGGCUCAUUUCCCGGUUGGACGCCGGGUCUUUGCUGUCGGCGCUCCGGCCUGGGGUUUAGUGUGGGAAGAGUUGUUUUUUCGGUUUUCUCUCCGGGUUCGCGGAGCUGAAUUCGACCCUGCAGACAUGUCGGGUUUCAGCCCCGAGCUCAUCGACUACCUGGAAGGGAAGAUCUCCUUUGAGGAGUUCGAAAGGCGGAGAGAAGAGAGAAAAACCCGCGAGAAGAAAAAUCUUCAGGAAAAAGGAAAACUAUCAGCUGAAGAAAAUCCAAGUGACUCUGAAGUUCCAUCAUCAUCAGGAAUUGACUCCACCAAAUCCCAGGACAAAGAUGCCAAUGAAGGAGAAACAUCAGAUGGCGUUAGUAAGUCAGUUCACAAGGUCUUUGCUUCCAUGCUUGGAGAAAAUGAAGAUGAUGAGGAGGAAGAGGAAGAGGAGGAGGAGGAGGAGGAAGAAACACCUGAGCAACCCACUGCAGGCGAUGUGUUUAUGCUGGAGAUGGUUCUCAAUCGUGAAACCAAGAAAAUGAUGAAAGAGAAAAGGCCUCGGAGUAAACUUCCCAGAGCGCUGAGAGGUCUCAUGGGCGAAGCCAACAUUCGCUUUGCUCGAGGAGAACAUGAAGAGGCAAUUCUGAUGUGCAUGGAAAUCAUAAGACAAGCUCCCCUGGCUUAUGAGCCGUUCUCUACUCUUGCCAUGAUAUAUGAGGACCAAGGUGACAUGGAGAAAUCACUGCAGUUCGAGUUGAUUGCUGCGCACCUAAAUCCUAGUGACACUGAAGAAUGGGUUAGAUUGGCAGAAAUGUCUCUGGAACAAGACAAUAUUAAGCAGGCUAUUUUUUGCUACACCAAAGCUCUUAAAUAUGAACCCACUAAUGUCCGUUAUCUAUGGGAGCGAUCCAGCCUUUAUGAGCAGAUGGGAGACCAUAAAAUGGCAAUGGAUGGCUACAGGCGUAUUUUAAACCUUUUGUCUCUGUCUGAUGGAGAGCGAUUUAUGCAGUUGGCUAGAGAUAUGGCAAAGAGUUACUAUGAAGCCAAUGAUGUUACUUCAGCUAUUAAUAUAAUUGAAGAAGCUUUCUCGAAACACCAGGGCCUAGUCUCCAUGGAAGAUGUUAACAUAGCAGCCGAGCUGUACAUUUCUAACAAACAGUAUGACAAAGCUUUGGAGGUAAUUACAGAUUUUUCUGGAAUCGUGCUAGAAAAGAAAACUGCAGAAGAAGGCACUUCUGAAGAGAAUAAAGCUGGUGAGAACGUCACCUGCACUAUACCUGAAGGUGUGCCGAUAGAUAUCACAGUGAAGCUGAUGGUCUGCCUUGUUCAUCUCAACAUCCUUGAACCACUUAAUCCUCUUUUGACAACGCUCGUGGAACAGAAUCCUGAAGAUAUGGGAGACCUCUACCUAGAUGUCGCGGAAGCUUUCCUGGAUGUUGGUGAAUAUAAUUCUGCACUUCCUCUCCUGAGCGCGCUAGUCUGCUCCGAAAGAUACAACCUUGCUGUCGUGUGGCUUCGGCAUGCAGAAUGCUUAAAGGCCUUAGGCUAUAUGGAGCGAGCUGCUGAAAGCUAUGGCAAAGUGGUUGAUCUGGCCCCCUUCCACCUGGAUGCAAGAAUUUCUCUUUCCACACUUCAGCAGCAGCUGGGCCAUCCUGAGAAAGCUCUGGAGGCUCUGGAACCGAUGUAUGAUCCAGACACUUUAGCACAAGAUGCGAAUGCUGCGCAGCAGGAAAUGAAGUUGUUGCUUCAUCGUUCUACUCUGUUGUUUUCACAAGGCAAAAUGUAUGGCUAUGUGGAUACCCUGCUUACCAUGCUGGCCAUGCUCUUAAAGGUGGCAAUGAAUAGAGCCCAUGUCUGUUUGAUAUCCAGCUCCAAAUCUGGAGAGAGGCAUCUCUACCUUGUUAAAGUGUCAAGAGACAAAAUAUCAGACAACAAUGACCAAGAGACAGCAAACUGUGAUGCAAAAGCAAUAUUUGCUGUACUCACGAGUGUCUUGACAAAAGAUGACUGGUGGAACCUCCUUCUAAAGGCCAUAUACUCCUUAUGUGACCUGUCCCGAUUUCAGGAGGCUGAGUUACUAGUGGAUUCUGCAUUGGAGUAUUGUUCAUUUUACGAACACAAACAAAAACGCAAAGAACUAGAAUAUUUUGGUCUCUCUGCUGCAAUUCUGGACAAAAAUUUCAGAAAGGCAUACAACUAUAUCAGGAUAAUGGUAAUGGAAAAUGUCAAUAGACCCCAGCUCUGGAACAUUUUCAACCAAGUUACCAUGCACUCUCAAGAAGUACGGCAUCAUCGUUUCUGUCUCCGUUUAAUGCUGAAAAACCCAGAUAAUCAUGCCCUGUGUGUCUUAAAUGGACACAAUGCAUUCGUAUCUGGUAGUUUUAAGCACGCCCUUGGCCAGUAUGUACAAGCCUUUCGCACCGAUCCCCACCAACCUCUCUAUAGCCUGUGUAUAGGCCUAACCUUUAUUCACAUGGCAUCUCAGAAGUAUGUGUUAAGGAGACAUGCUCUUGUUGUGCAGGGCUUUUCCUUUCUUAAUCGAUACCUUAGUCUACGUGGGCCCUGCCAGGAAUCGUUCUACAAUUUGGGCCGGGGCCAUCACCAGCUGGGGCUGAUUCAUCUUGCAAUCCAUUAUUAUCAGAAGGCCCUGGAGGUCCCUCCACUGGUGGUUGAGGGCAUAGAAGCUGACCAGGUGGACUUGCGGAGAGACAUCGCCUACAACCUGUCUCUCAUUUACCAGAACAGCGGGAAUGUCAGGAUGGCUCAGAAGCUGCUGUACACCUAUUGUUCCAUAUGAGGCACUCCGCCGCGGGGGGAGUCUCGGGCAGCUGCUGUGCCUGGAUCCACAUUUUCUGUCUCCAGGCUUAUUAUUCACCUCAAGGUGGAAACGAUGAUUUUAGAACUGUGUAUUUCAUAUUUAAUAUGUGAUAAUGGUCUUUUGGUAGAUAUGCAGAAAUCAUCAUUCCUACAAGAAUUUGCGUAUUGUUCUGUCAUUUUCCUUUGGCAUUGUUUAGUGCAGUUUCUUUCAGAGCUGAAGUGGGCAGUAGUAACCUUUGAGUCAACUGACAGUUGAAUAGUAAUUUGUCACUCGUACAAUUUUUCAUCUGCACAUUUAAUACUGUGUGUUAAACCCCUAUUACAUGUCAGGCAUGUGACAGGUGCUUGGAACACAGCAGUAAGGCAGAUGUGACCUCCCAGUGUAAUUCCUUAAAUGCAGAACUUGAGCAUGUAUUUAUUUGAAAGAAAAGUUUAUCACAUUUCUGCAUACAUCAUCAUUGUCAGUCACUCAUUCCUCAGUUCCCUGUUACUACUGCAAGGGUAGUUUUUCAAAUGCAUAGGAAAAAAGGCUGCUUUUAUUAAAGGAAAGACAAAUUGGGAAUAUUUCUGAUGGUGACACAUAAUUCACUUAACUCUAACAAAAUUAUUUGAAAUGGUUAAGUGGUAGGAAGACAAAUAAUUGAGUUAAUGUUUUACUUUUCAUCUGUAUGUAUCUUAGCCUGAGACCUGGGAGGCUGGGAUUAAUUCAGAUCAGUGUGCUCCGAGGCAAAGUAAAAAAUGCAUUUACUGUUUGACAGGGGCUUUCUGACAAAAAAAGAAAAGAGGGGACCGUGUUCAAUGAAAUGACCUGGUUUCCAUUUCAAGAUCACUGGGAAUCUAGGAAGACUGAGAGUUGUAUUGGGUUGGCGGAAAGUCCAUUAGUUUUUUCCAUAAAAGACACAUUUUCCAUUUUCAUCAAUAACUUCAUUGGUUUGGAUAUUUUGAGUAUGUCAGUUAUCUCCUUCUAUUUUUGGCUUCUAGCAGCUAGAGGCCAGAGGUGCUGCUAAACAUCUUCCAAUGCAUAAGACAGCCCCACAGCAAAAAGUCAUUUGGCCACAAUGUCAAUAGUACCAAGAAACUUCACAAACCACUUUUGACAUGUCCAUCACUUA